AUUUGGUUUUUCUGAGACGCGUUUGGCCCUUCUCGGCCACCGUAGAUUUCCUGUUAUGUAAAGCAGUUCUGCUAUACAUAGCUUAGCUUUGUAGUGAUAAGCGUUGUUUCGUCGUUUUUAAGUACAACGCAAAGUGAUACAAGUGAUAUAUAAAACCAUCUUAACUCUAACUGCUGGAAACAUUGUUGAAACUACGGCUAACCUCUUGAAGAACUAUUUGGACUGUUUGAAAGAGCAACAGCAGAAUACGAAGCAGACGUUCUUCGUUUAAACGAAGAACACGGAUUGAAGAGCUGGAUGCUGUUUUCGAGUCUGAAGGUCGCUUACGCUGAACAGAUCCCGAGUCACAAGAUACACCACUGGUAAUGGGGGCCGCUCGACUGCUGGGCGUCUGGCCGUAGGCGCGACCCCAUCGUGGGCCGCCUCUCCGCUGCUCAGCCAUGCAGCAGCUGUCGAUAAGUAAAGAAGACUUUCUUCUUGAGCAGCACAAGUGGAAUUUGAGCCUGGACCAGGAGGACACAAAGCCACCAAAUGUUAAAGAAGAGCAGGAUAACCUCUGGAUAAGUCACGACGAGGAGCAACUUCACCAGCUGGAGGAGACUGAUUUCACUAAAUUACCUUUUACUAUUGUCCCUGUUAAGAUUGAAAAUGAUGAUGAAAAUCCCCAGUCUUCACAGGUUUAUCAAAACCAAACCAUUGAAGGCACAGAGGGAGAUCUUGUAGCCAGCAGCACAACUGAACACAUCACAUUGAAAAUAGAAACAGAAGUACAGGACUGCCAAGGUUCACAACAUGCCAGCAGCUCAGAGCCAUACAGUCAAUUACAAGCAGGUACUGAUAGCAGGAAUUCAGACUGUUCUGAAACUGAGACUGAUGAUAGUUAUGAGUGGAAGCAGACCAGGGAACUUGAUUCAGGGUUAACCUGUCUAAAAAACAGUGAUGUAUCCGUCAGUAGUAACAAUUGUACCUUUACAACACGACAGUUUAGCUGCACUGAAUAUGGAAAAACAUUUGCUUACAAAAUUGAUUUUAAACAACACAACAGAACACUACCAAGUGAAAAACCAGUAAAUUGUCUUGGCUGUUCUGAGUGUGGUAAAAGAUGUAGAAAUGAAAGCCAUUUGAAUACCCACAUGAGAAUUCACACAGGAGAAAAACCAUUUAAUUGUCUUGAAUGUGGUAAAGCCUUUAGAGUAAAGUUCCAGCUGAACUUACACUUGAGAACUCAUACAGGAGAGAAACCAUUUGGCUGUCCUGCAUGUGGCAAAAGAUUUACCAAAAAGUACAUCCUGAACAAACACAUGAGAAUUCAUACUGGAGAGAAACCAUUUGAAUGCAUUGAGUGUGGUAAAAGAUUUAGAGAAAGGGGUCAUCUGAACAGGCAUGUCAGAGUUCACACAGGAGAGAAACCUUUUGACUGUCUUGCAUGUGGUAAAACAUUUAGAGAAAAUGACCAUCUUAACAUACACAUGAGAAUUCAUACAGAAGAAAAACCGUUUGGUUGUUCUGAGUGUUUGAAAAGAUUUGCAAAAAAGAUUGAUUUGGACAAACACAUGAGAAGUCAUACAGGAGAGAAACCAUAUAGCUGUGCUGAGUGUGAUAAAAGAUUUAAAGAAAAGUCCAAUUUGAAUGCGCACAUGAGAAUUCAUACAGGAGAGAAACCCUUUUCUUGUUCUGAGUGUGGUGAAAGAUUUAGAGUGGAAGGUACCCUGCACAACCACAUGAGGAUUCACACGGGAGAGAAACCAUUUGGCUGUUUGGAUUGUGGCAAAAGAUUUAAAGGAAAGGGGGAUCUGAACCAACACAAGAGAAUUCAUUCAGGAGAGCGACGAUUUGUCUGUUCUGAGUGUGGUAAUCGGUUUCGAGAAAAACAUAGUUUGAGCGCACACAUGACAAUUCAUACAGGACAGAAACCAUUUGCCUGUUCUGUUUGUGGUGAAAGAUUUCGAGUGGAAGGUACCCUGCACAACCAUAUCAGAAUUCAUACGGGAGAGAAGCCAUUUUGCUGUUUGGAGUGUGGUAAAACAUUUAGAGUGAAGAGCGACCUGAACAAACACAAGAGGAUUCAUACGGGAGAGAAACCAUAUGUCUGUUCUGAGUGUGGUAAAAGAUUUACACAGAAGGGAAAUUUGAACCAACACAUCAUAAUUCAUACGGGGGAGAAACCGUUUAGCUGUUCUGACUGUGGUAAAAGAUUUACACAAAAGGGCCAUCUGAACCAACACAUGACAGUUCAUACCAAAGAGAAAUCUUUAGCUCUUUUGAGCGUGGUAACGGAUUUAUAGUAAAGGACGUGUGGUCUGGGGGAUCGAGCAGCAGGAGUAACCAUAGCAUCUUUGGAUUGCUUCACCAGACAAUUUGGGGUCUAUUAUCAAGGUGCCGCUAAUCCCCAAGUUGCACCUGAUGGAUGUCCAGUUGAGCUCCUUGCAUGGCAGCAUGCUGAUUUUAGUAUGCACGUGUGUGUGUGCGUCGGUGUGUGUUUAUACAAAUGGAUGAAUGAGGCAUCAUUGUAAAGUUUUGAGCAUC